AUGAUCAUACUGAGUCUUGAGGUCCUCAUUAGUGCUCUUGUCGCGGGUGUCGUUUUCCCGAUCCUGCUCAGCUCUCAUCUUGCUCGCCAGAUCCAGUCGCGAGUCGUCCCACCUCAUUGUUUCUUGCAAAGAACGGCACAAUUGGUCCAAUUCCCGAACCCUCCGAAAUCCACCAUACCGUUUGUUUUCUUGAAUCUUAGCCUCGGUCUGGUCGUGCUCUUUGCUUGCGAUGUCAAGGUAAUACGAGUUGUGCUCCUCUUCUCCACGUUCGCAAAGGGCCAUAAUCGAUCUGAGCAGAUCACGGAUCAUUAAUCGGCCAUUCUCGUCAAGCAUACUCUAGUCCAAGAAGUCAGCGUUUGCCAAUUUUUGAUUGUCUUUAUCAGAGGGUACAAUGCAGACGUGCUCGUCAUAACACACCUUCUCUUGCACUUUGGCUUGCUGCUUGAGGACUUCAAGCUGAGCAUUUCGCUUUUGCGACUCCGAGAUUGAACCCUCAAAUAUCU